UUUUUUUCGUUAUCGCCUAUCACAGAAUACACUUAGUUGUGACUUUUGUAAAACAAUUUUAUUUUAUAGUUGUUACUGAAAUUAUUAAAUAUGGCUUUAAAUUUAUUAAAUUUGAGAACAUCCGUUAAUUUGACCAAACGUAUGUUCCUCCCUAGUGUGGUUCAAACAGUCAAGUAUUCGUGGGAACCAAAAGAAGUUGAAACCCAUACUGGACAGAAAUGGGAUAAGGACGAUUAUAGAUUACAACGUUACAUAGAUAAAGAGAAGCAAGUAAAUCCAAACUUUGCCAUUGAUCUAGUCAAACAAGUACCACCUACAGAAUGUAAAGAACGUGUUGUGUUUUGUGAUGGUGGCGGUGGACCAUUAGGUCAUCCAAAAGUCUAUAUAAAUCUGGAUAAACCUGGAAAUCAUUCCUGUGGCUACUGUGGUUUAAGAUUUGUCAAGGAAGAAGGCGGUCAUUAAAUGAAAUAAUUGUUUUGAAAAACGUUUAAUUUCAAAUAGAUGUCAAUGAAUACUAGCAUAUUGUAAAUUUGUUUAUUAGAAAUGUAUAAUGUUUAUUACAAGAAAAAAACUAAAUAAAUGACACAAAUAUUUUAAAGA